UUAAAAUGCCAGACCGACCAGACUCGAAAGUUGAAACUGUUCAGUUCGCGGGGAAAGGAGCUAUUUUCCCGGACACGGACGUCCGGCCCUUGCCUUACAGCAGAGAAAGACAACCAACCGGCUGUUAUUAGCAGUAUUACUAUUUCGAGAGACCUCCAAAACGUUCAUGAAAAUUCUUGGGCUGGGCUGGCGGUUUCUUUUUUCUUUCAGUUACCAACAAAAAGCUUUAUUCCAUUUUUAGAGGUUUAAGACUCAAUGACUAGAAGAUAUUUUCGUGAGGUUUAACGUGUUUUAAAAGAUCCUGCUACCCGUAUUCAAAGUGGAAAGUUGAAAAUAGAAACAAUGAGUGGUUCUAAAUCUGAAGAAAUAACCGAAGAGCUUGCAAGUGUGUUGAAAACUUGCGGAGAGAAAAAUGAAAAAAGCAAAUCUCGUAAGAAAGAAAUGCGAAGUGUGGAAGUACUCUUGAAAUCAAUGAACAAUUUAUCAUUUGAAGAAAAAUUGAAGGUAUUUACUCAUAAAUAUGCUGAAUUACUGGAAGAAAAUGGGGCAAAUCUUUCUAACCUGAAAGUCUAUGAAAAACAUAUUCAAGUUUUACAGAAGGAAAAAGAACAGCUACAGAUGGAAAAUGGAAAGUCUCUAUUAGCUCGUUCAAGGUUAGAAGAACUUUGCCGUGAACUACAGAGGCAAAAUAAGAUUAUUAAAGAAGAGAGUAUGGUGCGUGUACGUGAAGAAGAAGAACGCAGAAAGGAAGUAUCUGCCAAAUUUCAAACAACACUUGCUGAAGUUUCAGCCCUGCUUCAGCAGAACAAUGAUAAGAAUCAGAAACUUAGAGAAGAAAACAGUGAAAUGGCUGCAAAACUGCAAAUGCUAUGUGACCAAUAUAGCUUGAGAGAACAACAUUUGGAGAAAUUGGGAAAACAAUAUGACAUAGAACGACAACUAAACGAAGCUAAACUUGCAAAAAUCCGAAUGGAUUCUGCAGAAGCAAAGGAAAAAAUGCUGAAAGAAAAACAAAUACUAUUACUUGAUCUGACUGAAUAUCAAAAGAAAUGCCAGGUGAUGCAGGAAGAAGAAGUUGCCUUACGUCACCAGUUAUCAAUGUACACGGACAAGUACGAUGAUUUUCAAAAGGCCUUAAAAGCUAGCAAUCAACAGUUUAAUGGCUUCAAAGGGCAAAUGGACGAAAUGACUAAAAAGCUCAAAAGCUUGGAAAAAGAAACUGCUCUGUGGAAGCAGCGUUGGGAGAAAAGUAACUGUUUACUUACUGAAAUGGCACUUGAAAAGAAGCAAAGAGAUUCCGAGCUUCUAAAUACCACAAAACAGUUGGCACAACUUGAGAAACUCUGUAGAGCAAUGCAAACAGAAAGGGCCUCUUUAAUUGCAGAAAUAAAGUCUAGUAAAAUGAGCCCAGCAGCCCAGCUCGAAGCUUCUCCAAGUAAUGAAAAUAGUCAUUCACGAAACAUUUCGACAGCAAGCCCUAAAAUGUUGGAUUUAGAUCUCGUCGAGCAACCUUGCAGAAACGUCGGCACAAGUGUAUGUCACGGAAAUGGCGAAAAAAAAAUAGAAAACGCGCAGGAAGUUGAGACAAAUGUUCCGCCACCCGUUUCUUGUGACGUUACCUGUGAAUCGCUGGAAGUUCAAAAUUCGACGGAGUCAACAGGAUGUUCCGCAGAUGCGUCUUUCGAAAAUAGCGUUUUAAAUCACUCGAAAUCUCCAGUGCAACCGCCUUCAUCAUCGGAAACUACUGAAGCGAGAGCUACUGCGGAUUCUUCUUCUCAGGAUUCUGUUGGUUUUAACUAGUCAUGGACAGAACAAAAUACAAUACUUAUGAGUU